AUGGAAGAUUACGAAAUCGUGGAGUUAAUUGCAUAAGGUGGGUAUGGUAUUGUACUUAAAGCCAUGCAAAAAUCGACUGGCCAAAUGGUGGCCAUCAAAUAAUUCAGGGAUUCUGAUUCAUUUUCUUUGAGAAUAGCUGAAAGAGAAAUCUCAGUUUUGAAACUAAUGUAGGGACAUCCUAACAUUAUCAAAUUGCUUAACAGCUUCUAGCAUAAUUCAAAGGUGUUUUUGGUUUUUGAAUUAAUGCAUUAAACUCUUCUUGAAAUGCUUCAAGCUUCUCCUGAAGGUAAGCUUGGAAGAGAAUAAGCUGUUCACAGAGACAUUAAGCCAGAGAACAUGCUAUUAUCAAGAGUAGUUUCAAAUUAAAAUGUUAAUUCUAGUGGUAAUCAGUGGAAACGAUAUAGAGGACAUUCAGUAGAACUUAAUUCAAGGGAAAUCAGAGAUCAUCCAAACGAUAUUAGUCAGAAGGAAGGAGAUGAGGAGUCUAUCAUCAUACUUAAAGUGUGUGAUUUAGGAUAAUCUAGAGAAAUUUUAGAAAAGGACAAUAAUCUUACUGAAUAUGUUUCCACAAGAUGGUAUAGAGCCCCGGAAUUAUUAGUAGGCUCAAAAAUAUAUGAGAAAUCUGUAGAUAUUUGGGCAUUAGGAUGUAUCAUUCCAGAGCUAAUUACUGGAAAUCCUUUGUUUCCUGGCAAAAGUAACUUUGAAACACUCGCAUUUAUCAUAAGAACAUUUGGAAAUUAUUUACCUGAAGAUCAAAUUUAAAGAUUUUAUGAAAACCCAGAGUUCAAAAGUAUUGGUAAAAAUUUACCAUCCACUAAAAAUGCAGUUUCAUUGGAAAAGAGAACACCAGAAUUGACAGAAGAAGAAUUGGACUUUGUUAAAAGCUGUUUGCAAAUGAAUCCAAAAUUGAGACCAACAGCACACCAGCUUUUAAAUCACGAUUAUCUUAAAAUCUCAGAAUAUCAGAUUUUGCAAAACUAUGAAAAUACUAUAUAAACUGAAAUGAGUCCAUAGCAGUAGAUUGAAGUUCACAACAUAGCGGAAAUAAUCGAAGUUAGUGAAAAUGAUGCUUCAAUGAAGAAUGAUGAUACAAAUUAAAUUAGAUUUGAGACAGAUAAUGAAGACCUUUAGUUAAGUAGAUGCUCAAAUAACGAAAGUGAGAUUGAUUAAAAUAUCAACAAUGACAGUAAUAAAAGUGUGAACCCUUAUACUAUGUCAUCACAUGUAAAGAAGCAAAAGAAGAGGCCAUCAUCAUCAGGACAAAGUAAUCCAAGCUCAAAUUAAGAUGCAAAGCAAAACUCAAAUAAAUAAGUGUCGGUCCUAGUUAAUCAAGAUGAUAACUAUGGUUAGGAUGUUGUUUAAUCUGAAAAUAAUCAAUUUGAAAACAAUAAUUAAGUAGUUUAAGAAAAAUAGCUUCCAAAACCAAUAUUAUUUCUUAGAAAACAAAAAGAGGCGAGGGAAUAACCAAAGAGUGAUUAAAAAAUGUCAGAAUCAAAGAUUCAUCCAGAUAGCUUUAUGAAAUCUGGUUAUCUUUAAGAGACUGGAGGUGAUGGUCCAUUUGAACUUGCCUAAGAAGUCAUUAAUGCCUAAACAAAUAAUGCUGUAAGUUAGUUCAAUUAAGACUAUAUUGGAAAUCAAAACAGAUUUUCUGAGUCAAAUGCUUAUGAGAGAAAAAAUAAUAAUAUAGUAGCAAAAAUAAGCAGAGAUAAAGUUCAAUUUAAUUAACCACCAUAGUACUAAAGAGUGGAUUCCUUGGGAGGAUUAGUAAAUUCAUCUCAUAAGUCGAAGAGAUUUUAAGACAAAUUCAUUAGUAAAGAUAACAGAUAGAGCAAUCAUUUAAUUGAAGGAGGAUAGCAAGAUCAACCUUAACAACUUUACCAAAUUUAGAAAAAUAAGGUAUUAUUCUCAAACCUGAAGAAUAAUCUUCCUCAAGGUAGAUCUCCACCAGUAAAACUCAAUAAUCCGAAGUUAUUGAUCCAAAACAUGAAUUAAAUUCAAAAAAAUCAAGCUAAUUAGCAUCAAAAUCCUAAAUUUAUUGAUCUCAAGAUGAACCAGCAUAAAUUUAAGCCUAAUUAGCUUGUAUUAAGAAAUAUCAGUCAGCCUCAUCAGUAAUAGACAGAAGAUAAUAUGAAAAUGACAUCUGGAUCGAAUUUUGCUAAGAAUUCGUAAUAAAAUAAUCACAGUGCUUCAAAAUCCCCAUCUCAACUGAGUAUUGGAGCAGGAAGUAACAAUCAUUAAUAAGAUUUCUUACCUCAAAUUAACAGAGAAAAGUUCAUAAAUAUUCCUCUAAACAAUAAAAAUAUUAUAGGCAAGACUUAACUUUUGAAUACUUAAAAACAUGUUUCAAAUAAGUUGCACUUGCCUUCACUUAUCUAAAAUUAAAUACCUUAGAAUAAUCAAAAUUUACCCUAAUCUUAAAAUGAAGACUAAACUAGUUAUCGUAAAAGCGCAUCAAUAAAAUCUAUAAAUAAUUAGAAUCAGCCUUAAACGAAGAAUGGCCAAGCAGAAAAUGAAUAUACCAAUUCUUUUGUGACAAGGAUUGGAACAAGUCAUGCAGCUGGUAAGCAAGAAAUGGAAUUGAAAAAUCAUUAUAAUUAGGUUAGAAUACCAAGUAGGGGAUUAAUCAAUAUUGAUUCUAGAGGCCUAGCAAAUUAUCAAGCUUCGCAAUCACAUUCACCUCCACAUAAUAGUAAUAAUCAAGCGUAGUAAAAUUCUAGAGAAAAGAAAUGGUAUGCUGACUAUAAGUAAACAUAAAAUGGCAUUAAAAGACAUUAAAUAGCAACAAAUUCUCAAGAGAAGCAUCCAACUAGGAUUCCUAAUGAAAUUUACAAUCAAAAUUCAAAUUACAUAAACUCGCCUCCUAAACCUGUAUCAAGAAAUUCUCUUGGAUAAAAGAAAAUAAAUUACUAAGGAAGUAGCUAAGGUAAUUUGCAGUAGUAAAGGACUCAUGGGAACAAUUUUGCACCUGCAAGCAGUAAUCCGAACAAUAAUUAUAAUAUGGUGAAUUAGGCAAAUAAUAUGAGAAAUGCAGCAAAACCACCUAAAAGAUGA